AUGGAGCAUUAUUCUAGUACAAAUCUGAAAGCUUAUAUUAAAUAUGAAGGUGGAGUCGCAAUUUUGGAUCUGAAUGGCAGAGGACUAUCCAGUGUUCCUGAUGCAGUUACUGAACUGAGUAAAUUGGAGAAACUUAGGCUGGAUAAAAAUAACCUGAUCAAACUACCAACAAGUAUUAACAAGCUGAAAAAUCUUACAAAGCUUGAUUUAAAGCAUAACCAAUUAACCAAACUACCUGCUGAGAUUGGUGACUUGAAGGAGCUGAGGGAGCUGUCUGUGAAACACAAUCAGUUGGUUGGUUUACCUAGCAACAUACAAAAGCUGAACAAGCUUGAAAAGCUGAACUUGUAUGGUAACAAACUGACAGAACUAUGUUCUGAGAUUGGCCACCUGAAAGAGCUGCGGUGGCUGAGUGUGAGUUACAACCAAUUAGCUGGUGUACCACCCAGUAUACAGAAGCUGAAACAUCUUGAAGGACUUUACUUGUGUGGUAAUAAGCUGACCGAACUACCUGCUAACAUUGGUGACCUAACAGAACUGAGGGUGCUGUCUUUGAGUAACAACCAGUUGGUUGGUUUGCCUACCAGUAUAAAGAAGCUAAACAGGCUUGAGAAGCUGGACUUGUUUAGCAACAAACUAACAACACUAUCUGAGAUUGGCGGCCUGAAGGAGCUGAGGUUGCUGAAUGUGAGUAACAAUCAGUUGGUUUGCUUACCUACCAGUAUACAGAAGCUGAACAAGCUUGAAGGGCUUUACUUGGAUAAAAACAAGCUAAGGGAACUACCUGCUGAGAUUGGUGACUUGAAGGAGCUGAGGAACCUGAGUGUGAGUAACAACCAGUUGGCAGAUUUACCAACCAGUUUACAGAAGUUGAACAAGCUUCAAAUGCUGUACUUGAGUGGUAACAAACUUGCACACUUACCUGGAGUAAUAAGAUGCAUUCUGAAGUUAAAAAAACAAGGAACAUUUGUAAAAACUGACAUUGCAGGUGAGCAGAGGUAUUGUUUCAAUAAUGAUACUAAAAUAUGAAGCUCAAUAGGUCCGGAGGAGGGAGGGUACUCAACCAAUUUUUCCACGGGGAGGCCCCGCCCUGACGAAGGACCAGUCCCUUACCCUUUUUUAUUUUUUUUCAUGAAAAAGGUACCCCUUUCGUAUAUCUUCUAUUGACAAAUGGUGCCCCUUUCAAAUACCUUGUUUAGAACUUUGCAUCCCUUUUAACUGCUGCUGCACUGUCGUUUAAAUAGGAAUCAAUCACAGAAAUGGAAUGUUUUCUUGACUUUUUGAAACCAUUUAGCACUUUGAGCCCUUUCACAGACCCAAAUGACAGAUUUCACUCCCCUUUCGUAUACUUCAAUGAGUAAAAUCCCUACCCUUUCAUAUACCUGAAGCCUGAAAAAGGUACCCCUUUUGGGCAUAGCCUCUGUCCCCAUAUAGGCCAUUGUAGGGAGUGAACCCCACCCCCACCCCCCUGGCACUAGGUUUAUGUGCAUUAUUGAAGAACUCUAAGCUUCAAUUUGAAUUGUUGUCUUUAAUAACUUUGUUAAAGGAUAAAAGGAUUGAAAGUUAACAAUUAUUAAAACUUCAAUGACAGGUUCAAGGGUAAAAUGUUAAUGAACACUAGAAUUAUAUAUGUUGUAGUUAAUUUUUUAUCUCCCGUAAUUUUUAUUUUUUUUGUUUCAACUUCAUUAGCAUAUAUUACCAUACCCCAAAACAAAAGAAAAACAAAAAUUACCUGAAAUAAAAAAUUAACUACUACAUAUACAGUACAACUCCACUACAUGCGUAUGUACUUAGUUUGCUCAUAUCGUCACGAAUGAACUUUGACUGAUGAGUCAGGUUUGAGUCAGGCAAAGCAUUACAUUUUUCUUUUGGAAUCACCUGAAGUUCUUGUUUUAAAAUGCUUCUUCCCUUAUGAUUUUUACCUAGUCUGAUAUACAAAUUUUAAGCCAUGACAAUUGAGCUAUCUCCUGAUGAUGCAGAUUGUGGAGAUGUCAACCUCUGUGGAAUUUAAAAUGUGGAGUAUAUUGUCUCCUUUAAUUAAUUUGCAGUAUCCCUCAUUAAUCAAUCCCAACUAAUAAGCACAGAAGAGAGCGACAUUUGUUAUGGCAAUUGCAGAUUUUCUAACAGUAUAGUGUUGAAAAACUAAAUAAUUGUGGAAUUUUUUGUUUGACACCCAAAAUUAGUGUACAGCUGCAGUAUGGCAAUACUGUAAUGUCACAUGAAUGGCAAAAUGUUUUUCAAGCCAUGACCUCUAAGGUCAGUCACAUACUGUACCCACUGUGCCUUGCAGAGAUUCAAGCAAGCUAAGGGGAUUUUACUGAUGAUACAUGUAUCUAACAUGUGCAUAAUGUGUGACUGCUAACAUAAUGAUUGCAAUGUUUUGGUGGACACAACCUUUAGGACAGUACAUUGCAUUCCUUUUAGUUCCUACAGAAAUAGAGGCACGAGGAGAAAGAGCCCAGUUUGUUUAUCAACGUGCUCUUAGAAAUGGAGCGGUCAAUGUUUAUCGCGCUCGCGUGUUGCUUCUUGGUCAGGAUCGAGCAGGGAAAACCAGUUUGAAAAAUUGUCUCAUUGGUCUACCAUUCAAUCCAAAUGAACAAAGCACUGAAGGAAUUGAAGUUGAUCUUUCAAUCUUUCAAGUGGGUGUGAAUGAAGGUAAGAAUUGGCAAGCCAUUGAUGAGAGCAAACAAGGGUUUUUGGGAUGUUCCAAAGAUGUGGCACAGAUGGUGGUGGAAAAUCUGUGUAUUCCAGCCAGCCAUGAUUGGGUUGAAGAAGAGGAGGAACGUAAAGAAAAACGUGAACUUGAAAAUGAUGAUUACAGGAAAGAAAAACAGCAUGGUGAUAGUGACGGCAAAAAGGACAGUCGUGGCUUAUUUGUGAACCAGGUUUGCAAAUCUACAUUUAACUCCUCACAUUUUAUUAAUAAUACUAAUAUCACAUCUCACUAACUUUAUGAAGCAGGUUAUAACCUUAUGGUGUACUUGAGAUGUAAUACAGUAAACACCCGCGAUCAAAAACCUAAGAUAAUAAAUUGUUGAUUACCAGCUGGAAAAUAAGUAAACUUGGGUUUGGGCCUUAAAAAUACAGUAUUUAUUCACAAUUUUAUUAUUACUGUAACCCUAACAAGCUGAUUACUGAAUUUAUAUACAGUUUGGUACAGUAUGUUCUUGUUAUACUUAAAUUUUUACAAUCUCAAAGUUGCACUCCGUAGUUAACUUGUUGAUCAUAAUAAAUUUAACUGUAACCCACAUAUAAGAACCUGCUUGAUAGUUGCUAGACUAAACAGGUUCUUGUAUUUUUGGGUAUUUAAGUGGCAAAUUUUUGCCAGGAGGUUAUUAAUCCGCUAGGUUCAUAAUUAUUCGCGGGUGUUUACUGUACUACACAGCCAAUUUCUCAGUAUCAGCAUUGAGAAAAGGUGUUCCUACUGAAAUGAUGUGAGUUAAUAACUUGCUUUCGUAUAGCUAAUUUAAUGCAUUGUCCUUUCAACAGGUAGUCUCUCAUAACUUAGUAUCUGAUUUGUGACUGAAAUCUCUGUAACAUGCCAACUUAAAUUCUCGGCCAGGCUCGGCGAAAAGAACGGCUGAGCCUAAUUGAUUCAGACGCUGAACUUUUCAUGUACUUAAUUCAUUAGGUUCGGCUCACGAAAAGUUCGGCGUCUGAACCGGGCCUAAGGAACAUGUGACUCUAGAUACAUAUUUCUUCCAAUUCACAAACUCAAACAGCUCUUGAAAGAUAAAGCAUGUCGGUACGAUGCAUUGCGGUUAGAUGCAACAACACUGGUCACCCUAAGAAAGGGAAAAGCAUGCGUAAAAUCCUGUUUUCAAUUGUCUGAGUUAGAGCGAUUUUCGUAUGACCUUGAAAAAUGGUUUCGGUCAGUGUUCGCUAUUUGUUUCAUCAGCCAAUGGAUGAAAAGAUCAAAACAUACUCUUCGUUUUCCCGCCAAAGAAAAGCCUCAUAUGGAGAAGGCAUUGUUCGAUUAGCCAAUCGUGUUGCAGUAUGACGUCAAAGCGAAGUGUCGAUUGAUUUCUAGAAAGUUCUUCGGGCAUUGACUUUUUUCAGCCGAGCGUUCCUUUAACCAACCAAAAGCCACGCGCGUUUGUAUCCGUUCGCUAAACCAAUCAAAUCGCUCUAUUUCCGUUCGUUUUUUGUUUCUGUUUUGUUCGCGCGUUUUCAUUUCAAGGUCAUACGAAAAUCGCUCAAAACCUUAAUUAUGACGUCUCGUAUGAUCCUGUCAAUUUCUUGGUCAGUGGAACAGGUGUGCCAAUGAAAUUUAGACUUAAAUUUUUUAAAAAAAAUCCCCUUUUGUUCUAAAUGCAAAUUAUUUUCGAAGAAGGUCUUGUAGUAAUGUCCUCUGUCAAUUGAAAUAAUAACACUUUUUCAGUUUUAUCACAAAUUUUGUUUAGUUACCGCAUUUAUUAGAUUAAACACCACCCUCAAAUAAACGCCGCCCUCGAUUAAACGUCGCAGAUGGAAGCAAAACUACCAAUAAAUGCCACCCAGGAAAAUUACAGUGUAUUGUGAAACAACCUUAGCCAUGAUAAAGAGCAAGCAAGAGGUUUAUUUUACUUUUAUUUUGACCUUUACAUGUACAAGUAGGAUACCUUAGGCAUAUAAAGCAAACACAAAAUAUUUACAGGUAUGUUGAAUUGUAACCUGCUUGAUAUAAAUUGAGCUGGUGCCAUUCAAUGAGCUGUCAUCAUUUAACCUGUUAUUAAUUCAGUUUCAGUGUUUUUGGUGUUUUAAUAGUCAUGCUUUCCAAUUCCCCAAUGUGCAUGUCUAGAUGUUUGAACUAAAAAAGGGUUCUUUUCUCAUUUACUGAUUGGGGUGAAUUCUCUUUCAGAACUCACCAUCAACAGCUAAUUUCUGUUCUUUUUACCUGGCACUCUAUUUCAGGUUGAUGAUUCAAAAACGGUUGGUUUUAGUGAGCUUACAUCAUCAUUAUCUGAUCGAGAAUUAAUGGAUGAUUCUAAUUCACCUCCAGAUGAGAUCACAGAGCAAGCUGUUGAGUUGAUAAAGUAUAUGGAAGGUGGAAAAAGUGGUAGUGAAAAAUCCGUUAGCAGUAUUGAACUGUGGGAUUUUGCUGGUCAGAAGCUCUAUUACGCAUCUCAUCCUGUAUUUUUAACAUCACGUGCGAUAUAUAUCUUGGUGUGCAACCUCAGCAAGUCACUGCAUGACAUUGCCCAACCCUGCGUGAGACAAGGAAAUCAUAAUUUUAUGUUGGAAAACCCAACCGGGGAAACGAACCUGGAGAAUCUACUAUCUUGGUUGUCCACAGUGCAUAGCAUAACACAGAUGAGAGGAGAAACUUGUGACGAUGCAGGAGGAAAGCUGCCUCAUCUGCGGCCCCCAGUGAUCAUUGUAGGCACCCAUGCAGACAAACCAUUUGAAGACAUUGCAACAAUGAAAUCAGAAAUACAGAGGGCAAUUGCUGGUAAGGACUAUGAAGGACAUGUGGUGCGGCCUAUCUUCAGCAUUGACAACACUGCAAGAUCACUUCAAAGAAAGAUCAAAAAGGUUUUCAGGCAAGAUAAAAACAUUGAUGACAUGCAAGCUCUACAGGACAGAAUCAUGGAAGUGCUAAGACAAGAGCCAUACAUGGGGGAGAGUAUACCUGUGAGGUGAGUCGUUAUUGACCGACAACGAUGGCUGAAUAUUGGCCAGGUUCUAUUUUGUGUUUUUGAGACCGAGACGAAGUCGAGGUCAACAAAAAAGAACAAGGUCAAUAUUCUAGCUGCCGUCUUGACCGAACAUGCUGAGGUAAUAAAGGAUUUAUCAUAUGGCCAAAAGAGAAAACUUUAUCUUGCGGGACCAAUGCGGGAAGUCACGAGCAGGCAAGAUUGUCUCAUCUUGCUCGCUUGGGUACCAAUCAGAACACAAGAUUCGCUUCAUCUUGCCUGCUCGCACAUUUGGUCAUAUAAUAAAUAUUAAUAUUAAAUGACACUUCUAGUCUAUUAAAUUAGAAUUUCUGUUUGAGGAAUUUGGGAUUGGAGGCCUUUGUUUCAGAGCCAAUGGGUUAAUUCUACAUUCAAUUGAAGUGUUUUUUUGUAGGGUUUUGAGACCGGUUCGAAACUGUUGGGUCACUUUUUAAUCUCGAAAUUUUGCUUUCUGCACAUUCCCGAAUUAAGAAGCUGAUAUUUUGCAUCUGGAAUAGAAGGCCGCAAAGCUCUCGACCUUUAAACAGUAUUCUGGGUAGUUUUUGUUCUUUAUAGUCAGAAAGUGACCAGAAAACGGCUCGACUAGCUUCAAAAGGCAGUUUCGGAGAAAUUCCCAGUAGCAAAGGGCUCAAAGAUGUUGGUGAAACUGCUCCUUUAAUACAGAACUAACUAUAUGUGGUACUAAACAGCGACCUCUUGAUGUAGGACUAUCUUGACGCCGAGACAAUGAUGUGAGGUUUACCCUUCUGUUUUGGAAUGUGUGCAUGCUUUUGCACAACAAGAAGACGCCCGAGGGCGCUUACGCGGGAUGUGUGGGUUUAAGAAAGAAUUACGGGUAUGUUGGAUGGAAAUGUAAGUUGAGUAGUGUAUGCAACAAAUGUGUGCAGGAGAGACGGAGAUGUUCUGUUAAGGACUAAUACACUAGAAGAUGAGUUACACACAAGGGUUCCUUUGCUACUCAAAACAAAACUUACAUCAAUAUUACCACCAUAUGUUAGGAGUAUGGGGUAGUUCACUAAAAUUUGCAUCCCUUUACUAAUGUCCUCAAAACAUGCACUUCCCCAUUUAACAAUAGCAUGUAAUGUAUCAUACUUCCAAUAACUACAGGGCUGCAAGGAAGUGCUCUAGGGAAAAUUUCAGAGACCCUUUUGGGCUCCCCAAGCAUUUUUAGCUGGGGUGCCCGGGCCUCUAAGUUGGUCGCCCAAAUUAAUAAAUCAGUGAGCUGUUACUUAAUUAUGAAAAAUUAAACAAAUUAUUUUCUUAACAAGUCAAGCAGAAUUUUGUGAAUAUUUUUUUCAUGAAAAAUCACAUCCCUUGGACCUCCUGAACGUGCGAAAAAAAAAAAAAAACCCGCAUGUUGUCAUAUGAAAGUAAGUUUUCGCGUCAUAUGAGAAACAUGGACAACGCCGCCGAACAUUUCAUGUUUUUUAAAUGAAAAGUAAAUUUGGGGUCAAAAAUAAGGGCACUAUUCUUUUUACUAAUCAUUUUGAUUUAGGUUGAAAAGAAAAUUCGCUUAUUAAGAAUGACUGAGAUCCCGUGGAGCUUUCCAGGAAAACUGUUAUGAAUUCAACGAAACCGCGGCGCCCUCCGGGGGGUUACUUGCGUUAAUUUUUGCUGGGUAUGUGCCGCUGCUCAGAGCCCCUACCCCAUUAUAGUCUUUUCUGUGGCCAAUUGUAGACCCCAUAUUAGUCACUCUUGGGGAAAUAUGUCAUUUUUGCGAUCCCAACUUAGUCACUUUCUAUUUAUGUACCUUAUCAAUCCUUUAAAUAGGUCAUCAAAAAAUGAAUUGACCCAUUUUAUAAUAAAUUGAAUGAAGAACACUUUACUUUUCACCUACAGGACAAAUAUCCUGAUAGGUUUGCUAACCGUAAAUAUGAACAGCUCUCUUACCCCAAAAAUCCGAAAAUGUGCGACCCCAUUCUAGUAACUCUUUUGAAAAUGCAACCCCAUUAAUAGUCAAUCUAGUCGUGAAAAUGCUACCCCAUCCAGCGGCACAUCCCCAUUAGCCUCUUUAUAAGGAAGUUCUCCCCCCCGCCCCCCCACCGGGGGCCGCCCCAAAACUAUUAUCUCUUUUGAAUAGAUCAUCUUGUUGUAAAGUCGUCGUUUAAGCGCAAAACGGAAGUAUUUUCUUUCUAUAUUACCGGUGAAAAGUUCAGGACAAAUGUAGAUUCGGUUAGCUUUUGCGUAUUUAUUUUUAGUACGCGAUACGUAAUGCCUUGUCACGACACGAAAGACAAUGCGGGAUUUAUACCCGAUUCUAGAACAAUCACAAUUAUAAUAAUAGUCGUCUCUUUUCUUUUUUAUGCAUCGUAUUUUACUCGAAUAACAAUCUUAGUUAUGUUUUAUCCUCGCAGACACAGCAGUAAAAAAAGGUAAAAAUAUUUAAAGAACAUAAAAGACCGACUCCCUUAUUUAUUCAGCGAUUUUUCAAAAUACAAAACUAUUGUUUUGCGUCGCCGACCGUACUUAACGCCUGUCAGAGCAAAAGUAACAACUUGUUUUGAAAAACUAACUAAUGAACAAUCCUAAUUUGAAGAAAAAAUUUCGAUGUCACUAUGAAAAGCUGUUACAAUCGAAAACUGUGCAGCUUGUCACGUUCAUAGUGAAGGAUUAUGUUACAUGUGAAUUUACGUGAAACGACCUUUGAACAUCAACGCGUGCCCACUGCCCUAUUUAACAACAUUUUCCUGAAGCUUUUUGAUAGACAUGCUACGUAUUGCUACUUACAGAGUCGACCUCAAGAGUUUCUUAGCGACAGGAGCGUUCCUUUUAGGCCGCGAAGCCACCGAGAGAGCUACGAUUUCGCAAGUAAUAAAUUCUAGACAUUCUUAGCUUUUUGACUGUAACUCAUCAACAGAAACAAGAAACCAACACCAGCAAGUCGCCCGGCUGGGCCACCUAGACAGUAUUUUCAGUCGCCCGAGGCCAAGUCUUGCGCCUUAUUAAGAGCACGGCCUUGAGUCUUCGUUCUCCUCUACACAGUGAGCUUACUUUUCCCUCCUUUGCUGACGCAGUAUCUUUUAUCCGCUUGUGCAAUCCAGCCUGACUUGCACGUGCUUCGACGUUGCGGCCAUUAAAAAUCCACACAAUUUUUCGGGACGGGCACGGGAUACGGGAAAGUUAAAAAAACAAGGCAAUUUUUGACUUCCAAGACGACGAAAGGAAUGCGCUACCGAAUUUUAGACGCUGGCUGACUACGUCAUCCCGCGUAAUAAUAUUCGUUAAAGCAGGUGCUUUUCUCAGUGACAUGAAUACUAUUACGUGCUUUUCUUUUUUAUAAACUAGGUGGCUCAGCUUUGAGAAGGUCAUCGAUGCUUUGCUAUCCAAGGACGUUUAUCAUUUAAAUACAACGGAACUUCAAACCUAUACCAAAGAUAAGUGCUUUAUUAAUGACGAGGAAGAGUUCACCACCAUGGUGAAUUUUUAUCAUGACAUGGGGAUAAUUAUCAAACACUGUAGCAUAGUCAUUCUGAGUGCCAAGUGGCUGAUAGACCUGUUCAGGCAGCUCAUCACUAUUCCACAUUUUAAUGAAAUGGUAAGAAAAACGUGUAUGAAAUAAACGCCAAUCAAAUACCAGGUGAGCUUUCACGAGAAAGCGUGGUAUCUUCACUCGGGAAAAUAAAAUGUUAUGUUCACAUGUGAAAAGAUUACUGUUGCUAUGGCUACAUAGUAAAUUGCGCCUUCCGCAGCAUAAAACAAUAUAUAGGUAAAAUGGCUUGUUAUUUCAUUGGUAUUUAUGAAAUAAAUAACACAUUACAUGGCUGCUGGGAGGUGGGAAAUUUGUCUUCGAGUGUUAAAAAAUAUUUCACGACUGAGCGCAGCGAAUGAGUGGAAUAUUUGUCAACACUUGAAGACAAAUUUCGCAUUUCCGUGCGGCUAUGCAAUGUCCUCUAUUUAUUCAGGACUAUUAGUUUUAAACUGAUGCAAGGCUUUCUCUACGGGAGAGAUCGAUCAAGGGGCAAAGUGUUCUUACUCCAACACUGUGCUUUGCGCAAGUUUCUCGUGAUAGGUCAAAACGCGCGUGAUCAGAUUUCAAGUAACAGAAGGUCCAAACGUGCACGAUCAGAUUGCACUCUAUGCAGUCCAUUCAUUCGUAGUGGAAGUCCUAACGAAUGCUGGCUACCUACGUGCCGCGCAUGCAUAAUAGCAACCUGGCGAUUAGCACUGCGGCCUCCUCUGGUCGUCCGUAAUUAGCUCGUGGCUUCCCGGAUUCUUUUUUAAACACUCUGUAAUCACUCCUCAAUUUAUUAUCUCUCAGGACCCAAAGGUUUCCAAGCACUGGGAGAAACUGAGAGAAAGCGGUGUCCUCAGCAUGGAACUCGUUGAGCAUGUGUUUUCCAAAUUUCUUCUGAAAGACUUUGUCAGAGAUGACAUUCUAGACCUGAUGGAGCAGUUCGGUUUGAUUGCAAAGUUCUCACCUCCUAAAACUGAUGAAAAGUAUUUUGUACCGUCGCAACUCAAAGUGCCACCUGAUUCCCUUUGUGCCAUGGUACCCUCACGCUCAGACCCCUGUCCUCUAUAUGUCUUCUUUGUUGCUGGAUUUGUGCCCCAUGGCUUGUUCACAAGGCUCGUCUCCCGACUCAUCCGUUGGUGUUCUGAAGCUGGUCCAACUCAACCCCCUACUCUGUACCGAAAUGGAGCAUGGUUCGUCUUUGGGAGACGAACUGUCCAUGAUUUAGUUCUUUUCUGCAAGAAACAGUACAUCAAGUUUUUUGUCAUGCAAAGAUCCCAAGAUCAGCAGGUGUCAGGGAAUAAAGGAAGUGAGGUUGCAAUUCAGGUGCGUGAGUUUGUGGAGGCAACACUACAAUCUUUGUCACAGGAUCUGCUGUAUCUACGUGGACUUCAGUACCAGAUUUGCGUCGCCUGUCCAUAUUGUCCGCUGGAAAAGUGUACAGGUCAUAAUCAGCUGGCAUGUUCACAUGUUGACUGUCGUCAUCUCCUUGAGAUAAGACUAGGUGACCCACUGAUUUGCAAAAAGAGGCCUUCAAACAAAGUACUAACAGUUGAGGGACUGGAAAAAUGGUUCUUACAAUCAUUAAGUCAGGUACUAAUGAAGGACAAUCUCUAGCAACACUGGUAGCAUAAAAUUAAUUGAAGGGAAAUAUAACCUCGAAGGGUAAUUAUGUUAAAAUUAAGUCACCAUAUGAUGAGGCUUUAAUCACUAUCUGAAAAGACUGAACGUAGUCUUUUUAGGGAUGAUGUCUGGUGUAAUGUGACUUAUUUAUUCUUCGACACGGCUCUCACUAGUGGAAGAGAAAAUGAUGGAAAAGAGGGAGUUAUUACAUAAAUUUAAGUUGUGGUCAAUAAGCAUUGUCAAUUUAGCAUGAACGGAUACUAUCACUUACGUUGAUAACAGCAAAGUUGACUUUCCAAGCUCUUCAUCAGUUUGCUUUUGUGAAGGGCUAGCAUUGAAACAUCAGUCAUUAGCCUAUUGAUCUUAUCAACUCUAUUGUUAAAUGUGUGAUGUAAUGCCCAUGUGCAUAGCAAAGUGCACGGCAUACGUUAUCUUUUGUAUGUAUUGCAUUGAUGUUCCAAUCUUGGAGCAACAUUGCCUUAUAGGGCGUAUAGUUUUAACAUGUGUGACCUUGCCAAACACGAUUGUAUCUACUGGCCUGAAGGUCUUAUAGCGAUGUGCGCCUUUUUUUUUCACUCGUCAUGCUUUUGUUUUGCUACUUAAGUUGACCUCAUCUUUAAUUUGAUGGAAUCAGGUUUUAUUCAAAGGCUUUCUAGACGGCACCCUAUAUAAAAGUGCUAUUUUGAAAUAUGCAAUGUUGGUUUUCUUUCAGGAAUUGCAUUCUGGUAUAACACAACGUCAUGCACAGCCUUCAGUCUUAAAAGUUUCCCUCCUGGCUAAUGAGUGGGGGUCAUCUAAGGGUGGCUUGUCAACAUUGAACAGAACGCUUGCCAUACAUUUGGCAAAACACCCAAACGUAGAAGUCACUAUCAUUGUACCUCAAUUUGAGUGCGGUGAAGAUGACAAGAGAGCUGCCAAGGGUCACAACAUUUCCAUCAUGGAAGCACAUCGCCGCCCUGGCUUUAGUGAUCCUCUUGAUUGGUUGAGCUUUCCACCAAGAAACCUUGACAUUCAGGUCGUGAUUGGUCAUGGUGCAAAGCUUGGUAAACAAGCUCAAAUCAUCCAAGAGUCUCAUUGUUGCAAGUGGGUGCAGGUAGUGCACACCGAACCUGAAGAGCUAGCAAUGUAUAAGAACUAUCCUGGCGCAAUUACCAAGGGAGAAGGAAAGAACAGAGCUGAAGUUGAGCUGUGCCAACUUGCAGAUCUCGUUGUGGCAGUUGGGCCCAAGUUGACAGAAGCAUUCUCGUCCUACUUGCGUUCAUCUGAUCAAGAUGUCUUCCAGCUGAUGCCAGGCACCUUUAAAGAGUUUUCAGAUGUUGAGCAUGCUACUACGCGAGCGAGUGCGAAGUUCAAGGUGUUAACCUUUGGCCGUGGUGAUUUUGAAGACUUCAGUCUCAAAGGAUACGACAUUGCCGCUCAAGCAAUAGCUGAAAUGAAGGACAGUUCCUACCGUCUGAUCUUUGUUGGUGCACCUGAUGGAAAGCAGGAUGAAGUCGCAGAAAUCUUAUGCCAGACGGGCAUUCCAAGAAUCCAGUUGUUUGUCCGAUCAUUCUUGAAAGACAAGCAAAGAUUAAAAGAGUUGUUUUGUGAAGUUGAUGUGGCCAUCAUGCCUUCAAGAACUGAGGGUUUUGGCUUGACAGCACUGGAAGCCAUGUCAGCCGGUCUUCCCAUUCUGGUCAGUGGAAACUCCGGAUUUGGAGAAGCACUGCGUUGUCUUCCAAUGGGCGAGUCAUUUGUGAUUGAUUCGGAUGACCCCAAGGAAUGGGCAAAGGCAAUAGCAGCUAUCCAACAAAAAUCUAGGGCACAGCGGCUUGAGGAAAUCCAAGGACUACGAAGAAGUUAUGAAGAGAGAUUCAGUUGGGAGAGACAGUGCAAAUCCCUUGUUGACGCGAUGUGGAAGAUGGUUUAUGGUAAGAAAUCAAAUUCUUACCUAAAGUAAAGUAACGAUAAUUUAAAUGAGCAAUUUUAGGAUGAGGUUGAGUAUGAUCUGAAAAAUUUUGUAGAUCGUGGAGGAUGCUGGCCGAUGCGGAUAACACCCUACGAGAUCUGCAUAAUUUUGCACAUCAUUUGAAAAUAGUUCAAAAAUAGUUCAUACUUGAAAAACAUGCCUACCUCGAUCGAUGUUAAGUUUCUGUCUUCAACUUUUUUCCAGGGCCUCUCAGUUGCCGUCCCCUUUUCUGGCGAUAUCCUAUACUAUUGACGUCGUUUUACUGGAUAUCGCAAACGUCUUCCAAAUUUGAUCAUCGCUAGCUGGUUUUAAAGAAAUAGCCGUGGGAUUUGAGUCAUUCUGAUUACGUUCUGUUGAAACCACCGUAAUUUAAAAUUGUCAGUUGGUUUUUCUUUGGACCCGUGUUCUAUCUCCCAUAGAACGUUUUCACUCACGUGGCGUUUUACAUGACCUCAUGUGAAAACGCUAUAUUAAACUGACGUGAAAUAACCUUUCGCAUUUUGGAUUUUUCCUCUUUAUCAUUUGCAGGUGAACUGGUUUUCCUUGCACUUCAAAAAAUCAAGCUGGAAGCGCGUAGAGAGGCCAGCAAAACUGAGCUGUCGUUGA